AUGACGAAGCCCGAAGAUCUCCCUCCCAUGCAGUACCGCUUCCUGGGCCGUACUGGUCUCCAAGUCUCCGUCAUUUCUCUGGGCGGUUGGUUGACGUACGGUGGCCAUGUUGACAAGGAGGGCACUUUUGCCUGCAUGGAGGCUGCCUACAACUGCGGCGUGAACUUCUUCGAUACGGCCGAGGCCUACGCUGGGGGAGAAUCCGAGGUCGUUAUGGGCCAGGCCAUCAAGCACUUUGGCUGGAACCGAAACGACCUGGUCAUCUCUACAAAGCUCUAUUGGGGUGGCAAGUUUGGCAAGAACCCCAUCAACAAUACCGGCCUGUCGCGGAAGCACAUCAUCGAGGGCAUGAACCAGUCUCUCGCCCGCCUCGACCUCGAAUACGUCGACAUCGUCUACGCCCACCGCGCCGAUCGACGCACCCCGAUGGAGGAGACCGUGAGGGCCUUCAACCACCUCAUCGAUACCGGCAAGGCCUUUUACUGGGGAACUUCGGAAUGGAGCGCCGACGAGAUCACCUCUGCGUGGAGGGUAGCCGACCGUCUUGGUCUUAUCGGCCCCGUCGUUGAACAGCCCCAAUACAACAUGCUUGAACGCCAAAGGUGGAGGGCGAAUUCGCCCAUCUCUACCGCGAGGUUGGCCUCGGCCUCACCGUCUUCUCCCUCUCAAGCAGGGCAUCCUCUCCGGAAAACGGUCGAUUUCGUCGCCGGCUUCUGGAAGACCACGGGCAAGGAAAAGUGGGACGGCGUCGUCGAGCAGGUGAACAGGCUGGCGCCCAUCGCCGAGAAGCUCGGCACCAAGCUCAGCGGCCUCGCCCUGGCCUGGACCAUGAAGCACUCCAACCUCAGCUCCGCCAUCAUGGGUGCCAGCUCCGUCGAGCAGGUCUACGAGAACGUUCGCGCCUUGGAGGUCAUUGACAAGUUGACCCCCGAGAUCAUGGCGGAAAUCGACGAGAUUCUGCAGAACAAGCCCCCGCGGUCACUCCUAGGGUCCAAGAGCGGCAGCAAAAACACACACCAACCCAACGAGAUGACGUCCCUCCCCAACUACAAGUACGGCCACUUCCUGGUCACCUCGCCGUCGCCCUUUGUGGCCCACGUCGAGAUCAACCAGCCCCACAAGCUCAACUCCUUCCACCGCGACAUGUGGCUCGAGUUUGGCGACAUCUUUGCCAAGCUGUCGCACGACCCAGAGGUCCGCGCCGUCGUGCUCUCCGGCAGCGGCGACAGGGCCUUUACGGCCGGACUCGACGUCAAGGCCGCGGCUGGAGAGGGCCCGAUUACGGCGAGCGAGGUUCAGGAUUGCAUCUCCCAGAUGGACAAGUGCGAGAAGCCCGUCAUCUGCAUCCUGCACGGCGUUUCCCUUGGCUUGGCCAUCGACAUCGCCGUCUGCGCCGACAUCCGUAUUGCCGCCGAGGGCACCCAGCUCGCAGUCAAGGAGGUCGACGUCGGCCUCGCCGCCGACAUUGGCAGUCUCGCUCGCCUGCCCAAGGUGGUUGGGAACUCGUCGUGGGUCAAGGAGGUGUGCCUCACCGCGCGUACCUUUUCGCCGCAGGAGGCGCUCGCCGUGGGUUUCGUGAGCCAGGUCCACCCUAACAAGCAGGCGGCGGUCGAGGCGGGCCUCAAGAUGGCGGCGUCCAUUGCGGGCAAGAGCCCCGUUGCGGUGCAGGGCACCAAGGAGAUCUUGAACCACGCGAGGGAUCAUAGUAUCGAGGAGAACCUUCGGUAUACCGCUGUGUGGAACUCUGCCAUGGUGCUAUCCGACGAUUUCAAGAAGGCCAUCUUGGCGGGGUUGACGAAGAAGAAGCCCACAUUUGAGAAGCUAUAG